CACUUUGUAAUCUUUCUGGUCCCUUUGAAUCCGGAUUUCACCACCAUCCGUCCUCCACCCCAUCAGUGGUAUUCAUCUCCGUGUUUGGCUACUUACCUCGUGGGCGACUUUCGGUCCUAUACUGUUCCCUCUCCCCCGGACGCGCCGAAAACCGAUUUUCAAAUGCACCCCCGCCUACCGAUGGAGUCUUGAUCGGGGGAGUUCAGCGAAUAUCAGUUUUGCCCAUUUAUCCCAUUUAUCCAUUUAUCCCAGCAUGAGUGCUGCGCCCAAGCGCCGUCUACCUUUCAAGCCGACAGCCCUGCAAAGGCUCUCGGCCCCGACGCCAGAGAGCAAAGACAAGGAUGGCGACGCCGAGGAUGAUGGCUUGAGCCUCUUCCAGCGCUCCAAAGAAUUCUUCCCCGUCGCCUUGGCAGAGCAAGAACGCCGUCGCAAGCGCAAGCAUUCCAAACGCGAGAGCAGCCGAAACGAUCGCUCCUCGUCAACAGCUGAGGUAAAGGACGGAGUCGACAAGGUCAAGGUUGAGGAUGAGGAAUCGCCUUUACCCCGUCCGACUUCCCGCAACCAGAGCCAAAGCCAAAGCCAAAGCCAGGGCCAGAACUCCCAGCCCACAGUAGCAGUGGAGAGCACUGAUGACAACGACGGCGACGGCCUCGGGGCCACUAUCGCGACACCUCCGUCGAAGCGAUCACGUACAAGUCACGGCUCGAUCAACUCCAACCCAUUACACCCAACGUCGCCCUGUCAUGCCCGACAUCCCAAGUCUCCUGCCCGAUCCAGACGAUCCGUUUCGACGCGCAGCCCGAGCAAACUGCAAGACAAGGGAAAACAACCCGAAUUUGUUGAUCUAGAAGACGAGAGCUAUCACGGCCAAGGUGCCAGUCUAGAUGAUCCGGACGAGGAUAUAUACGGCGCUACGCCUAUCCGAUAUGUGAAAAGCACUAGGAGCAGUUCGGCGGCGCAUGAUCUGGAAGACCCGUUCGUCGUGGAAGAAGAGGAGGACAAGAAGGACGACGCCCUGAGGGAGGAGGAGGAGGAGGACGACGAUGACGAAGUGAACGGCGAGUUUGCGGAAUUCAUACGCGCUGCUCAAGAGCGGCAGAAGAAAGCCGAGGAGGCGGAGAAGGAUAAGACCCGUAUCCAACUUCUCGUCACCUCCCGUCUUCCCGACACUGAGCCUAAGCGGUUCGUCAUCACGCUCUGGAAGCCCUUGAGUGCAGUGCGCCGGGCCUGGUGCCUUAGCACUGGCGCGACGCUUCGGCUGGGUCGCCAGACACUGGAAGGCACUUUCCUCACCUGGCGCGGCCGCCGCCUCUACGACUCCACCACGAUCGACAGCCUUGACAUUCGAGCCUCCGCGAGCGGUACGCUGCAACACGCGUCGGUCGGCAAGUUCCACGACACGGACGGGUUCAGUAAGGACUGGACGCGUCUGCACAUGGAGAUUUGGACGGAGGAACUAUGGGAGGAGCACCAGAAGCGUAUGGAGAGAGAGAGGCGCCGGGCGCUGGGGGAGUUGUAUGACGAUUCCGACGACGGUGGGGCGGCCCUCGAUGGCGAGAACGACGGCGAAGGGGCUCCGGCUCCGGCUCCGGAGGAGCAGAAAAUCAGGGUCAUUCUCAAAACACGCAGCGAUGAGCCUGUCAAGACGACAGUCCGGCCUUCGACGACUAUCCAGACGCUCGUCGUCAUGUACCGCAAGAUGCGAAAUGUUCCGGAAGGCUCGUCCGUCUCGCUCUAUUUCGACGGAGAGCAGCUAGACGAGGCCUCGACGAUUGAAGAGGUGGAUAUUGAGGACAUGGACACAAUCGAGGUGUCCGUGAAGGACUGAUUGUGCCAUUUACUUGGAGGUUUCCCUUCCCCCCACCCCCCCCCCCGGGGCCCCUUUUUUUUUCAUAUGACCCAUCGGAUUUCAGGGCAUGGAUUCCAAUCACCAUCCGCGUUUUAUUUUGUCUGCGUCUUUCAAGCGAAGGUUUCGUCGCCGGCGUUUGAGUUGCUUCGGAAGGAAAGGAGUAAGGAAGUUCAUAGUGAUACCCCAGUGUUGGCGAACUACGGGACCUCAAGUUCUUCAAUCCACGGAUCCAAUUCCGCUGACCUGUUAAGAGGUUCAUGAACCAAGUGCCAC